UCAGUCUCACUUUUUUCUAGAAAUGUCUACGGAACGUUGUCAAUGUGGUUGUCAAUAUUGAUCAUAUUGAUCUCUGGUCCUCCGGUCAGAGGCGGUAAUGUGUGAGAACCAAAAUUAAGGAGUUACGUCUUUCCGUUACUAACAAAGUAGUUUUCCAGAUUAUUUAUUCCAGAUAUUAACGCAGAAUUGAAAGUUAGAAGUUAAUGUGAGUUUUUGUAGCUGCGAAUUCGAAUACGAGCUUAAAAGCUCAGCUAAAUGCAAGAGUAGCUAAGCACAGCGUACCUACUGUUGGUUAUUAGAUCCACGUGCCACUUUGAAGUAUUGAAGGGCAAGUGAUUCGUUUGAAAGCGUGUGUAUGUAAUAACAGGUUGUGAAUUUCGUAUUUAACAAACUAUUGCCAGAAUGAAUUUUCACGAAAAUACGACAUGUGAUUGGAAGGAUAAUGAAUGUUUGGAUUUUAAGGAACUCGAAGAACAGAUAACACAAAUUGUUGACAAUGGAAAUUUGGAAGAGAUGUUGAGGAUACAGCUGUCGGAAGUGGAAAUGUUGCAAUCCAUGUUCUCAAAUCCAGGAGAAUUCUGUGUGUAUGAUUAUAGUGUGAUAGCAGAUAUAAACGAAUUUGUUAAUGGAAAAUGUUCAGUUUAUCCCCCGAGAUUAGAUUUUUCCAUAAAUUUAUUCAUAGAUGAGGCUAAGCUGGAAGUGUGCAUUAAUUUGCCUCAUGAUUAUCCUGCCAGUGAACCAGAUAUAUAUGUUCGAAGUGACAAGUUGGAUCGAAACCAGCAGCACAUUUUAAACAGUGAUUUGGCCAAUUAUAUAUCCACACUUGAAAGAGGAGAGAUUUGCACAUGUUCAGCAAUAUCUUGGUUGCAAGAAAAUGCAUCCCGGUACCAUGUUGAAUCUGCAAAACCUGACAAAACUGUGAAUAAUAGUGACGAAAAUGAUAAGUUCUUUGCACGAUAUUGGAUUUAUUCCCAUCACAUAUACAGCAAAAUUAAAAGAAAAGAGAUAUUGGAUCUUGCUAACGAGUUCAGUGUAACAGGAUUUUGUUUGCCUGGAAAACCAGGAAUAAUUUGUGCAGAAGGAUUGGCUAGAGAUUGCAUUGAAUGGUGGCAAAAGGUGAAAUGCAUGAAUUGGAAAAAAAUAAUGUGCAAGAAAAAGGAAGUUACUCACUUAAAUUUAUCGAGUGUGGAUUCACUUCGCAAGUUCUCUGCGUUUCAAGAAAUUUCAUUUGAAUGUGGUAAAAGUAAGUCAAGAGAGUGCCACAUGGACAUGGGGGGACUGUAUCGCUACCUCGCUGACCAUAACUGCAGUUAUGUCUUCAGAGAUUACUUUGGUGUUGAUGGAAAAUGUAGUAGCAACCCACCACAUUAAGAUAUGUGAGAUAUGUGUAACAGCUUUCUGUUUGCUCAGUUAUACACCCCACAUAUCAAACAAAAUUAUAAAAAUGUAACCAAAUAAAGGUAGCCAGCUGUUUCUAGGUAAUACUGCCAUUGUUUGUACUGUAUAUUGAGAGACAUACAAGAUCUCAGAUGUACUGAAUUGCUUAGAGUAUAAUGCAGGUGAUACACUUAUAUUGUAUGGCAAAAACAUAUUUCUUAAUCACCAUUUUCUUAUGACACAGGUUAAAUGGUCAGAUGUUGAGUUUUGUGUUUUAAAAGUUAUAAAUUUAUGAUGACCGGUGA